GGACUCUGAAUAAUUGUGGUAGUUUUUUAAACCUGAAUUUGAAAAUUUGUGGUAAUCUUACUCGGCAGAUCUUACCAAGUUUAGACUAUCUAUCCAACAACUGAUCUCUUAAACUUUAAAUCAUCUUUCAGGUUUUCUGUGCUCAAGUUUUCAGGAUCUUCUUGCAUCUUGUCCUAGCUGAAAUAAUAUUCCUUGCCUUUGGUUUGUGAUAUUUUGUCUGUCAUCUCAGCAAUUAAUGUGCCAUUUAUCUCAGGUUUUCUGAAUGGUCCUUUCAGUCCUGAAAAGGUGCACAACCUUAACAGACUGUAUUGCACAGCUGGACCGAAUCAGACUUACUGCAUAUUAAACCUGCAUCUAAGAGAUCACUUUUUUUUUUUUUAUUACACUAUAGGUUUAAUGUUUGUUCAGCACAAAUAGUUCAACAUUUUGUGACACUGAAGGAGAGGCAUCCUUUCAGGAAUAGCUGAGCGUAAUAUAUUUCCUGACUAUUUUUCAUUUUCCUUGAAAUAGCCCAGUUGAAACUCAGCAGGUGCAAAUUCCCAAAUGAAUAUUUAUUUCUGUUUUAUUAUAGACAGGGAAAAGUGUUCAUUUUAUGAAAUAAGAGUCUUCAACUUUUUUUCUGAUAUUAUUGAAUGUGAAUUUUGGUUAAGGUGACAUUUACCUGUAUACUAUUGAUAGCAACAUAAGCAGCUCAUUUCAUGUUUUCAGUUAGAACAUUCAUUCAAUAUGAAUUUUAAGGUUGUUCCACAUCCUACAUCUAUAAACUAGCAAUAUGCUUGUUACUCUUGUAUACAGAAAGAAAACAUCUCAAGCUACAAGUCAAUAGCAGUGUGUCUUGACAUAAAUUCAUUGUGACACAAUUUUUUUCCUGAAGUAGUGAUAUAUCAGUUUCGUAGAACAGCCACCUCCUGAAAGCUCCGAGCAAGGGUAUGAAUGCAGAUAGUGGAAUUUCUAUGAGUUAAGUUGAGAUAUAAUUACAACUUAAAUGCAAUUAUCAUACUCUUUUAUUUACUACUUGCCAAUUCAAAUAUUGAGGCUAAAAUUUAAAUUUCAGUAUCUGGUGGAGAAUGUAUGUGCAACAGUACUGCAUCGUAUGCUUUAUAUGACAUAUAAAGAAAACUAGUGACAUUAGCUUUUUCUGUCACUUGGAUUCACCUUUGCACUCUGCUAGUCUUGUUGGUUCAGUGACUAUCAACUUCCACUUGCUACCUGACUUGCUUGGACCUGUCUGUAUGUCCAUUCAUGCUCCAUUUUUCUUUCCUAUUCUUUCAUUUGCUUGCCCCUUGAGAGGACAUGUAUCUUAAUUCCAACUCUUUCCCCAGUGUUCCUGUGGCUUCCGUGUUGGAUGCAAUAAUACGGUGUCUCACUGGCAGUGCUGUGACUGUCCCAGAAACACUGCUGUUUGUAUCCACUCUUGAUGGAAACCUUCAUGCUGUGAGUAAGAGUACAGGUGACAUCAAGUGGACUCUGAAGGAUGAUCCUAUUCUGCAGGUGCCAGUUUAUGUUGCAGAACCAGCGUUUCUUCCGGACCCCAAUGAUGGCAGCUUGUACAUCCUGGGAGGAAAAAACAAAGAAGGCUUGAUGAAGCUCCCGUUCACCAUCCCAGAGCUGGUCCAGUCCUCACCGUGUCGCAGUUCGGACGGUGUCCUCUACACAGGGAAGAAGCUGGACACCUGGUUCAUCGUGGACCCCAAGUCAGGAGAGAGGCAGACCACUCUUUCAACAGAGGCCUGGGAUGGCCUGUGCCCUUCAAGUCCCCUGCUCUACAUUGGCCGUACCCAGUAUGUCAUCACCAUGUAUGACACCAAGUCACGGGAGCUGCGCUGGAACGCUACCUACUCGGAUUACUCAGCCCCACUCUACGAGGAGCUGUACCACUACAAAAUGGCACACUUUGCCUCAAGUGGAGAUGGCCUGGUGGUGACGUUGGACAAGGAAAGCGGGGAGGUCCUAUGGGCACAGAACUAUGGCUCUCCUGUGGUGGGCAUGUAUGUGUGGCAUCAAGACAGCCUCCGCCGUAUCCCCCACCUCAACAUGGCCAUGGAGACACUGCGCUACCUGACCUUCCAUUCUCAGGACAUCCGCCUCAUCAAGUGGAACUACCAGUCAAUGAAGGACUUCACCACCACCAAGACCCAGCUGCUACCAACGCUCUAUGUGGGGAAAUAUGCAGCCAGCUUCUAUGCCUUGAUCUCCCUGGUCCAUGACAGUGUGGCACUGGUGCCAAGGGGAAUCACGCUGGCCAGGAUUGAUGGCCCCACCACGGAUGACGUGACUCUGAGAGACUCUGGCGAGUGUGAGAUCACACCGAGCACAGAUGUCAAAUACCCCCAGGGCAGCAUCACUUCACUCCACAACCAGUGGCUCCUAAUAGGGCACCAUGAGCUGCCUCCUGUGGUCCAUACUACAAUGCUAAGAGCCUUUCCAGAGAAUCUGAGGAAGACAACAGAAACCAUCAUUCCCAAAAGUUCUCCUUCCAGGGCUGUGUUUGAUGAUUAUUUGACCACAAGCAGCAUGGAAGACCCAGCUAUCAGGAACAACGAUGGGCAGUUUCAGUCAGAUUCCAGCCAGGCAGAGCAAGUGGAGGUCUACCCGGAGUCCAGCAGCUGGGACAUCGUGAUGGCAGGAGUCAGCACAGCCCUGCUGGGUGGGGGAAUCCUGUUCCUCAUUCUGACGAAACUGCAAAGGCGACAUGAGGCACAGCAACAGCAACUGGAGAAGCAAAUUCAGCUCUUGCAACAGCAACAGGAGAUGCUAUUCCCGGGUCGGGUCUCUGGAGAGGUUGUCCUUGCAGACCCCAAAGAGCUGGGUGUGACCCAGGGAAGUGCUUCACAGCUGUCACAGAGCUCCAGCGCAUCUGCCUACCCAAAGGACCUGGUUAAUGGGAUGGUCAGCCAGCAUCAAGCUGUCCUGGCAGCUGCUGAAGAUGCAGGACCAAACAUGACUGUGAUUGGGAAAAUUUCUUUUAACCCCAAGGAUGUGCUGGGCCAUGGAGCUGGAGGAACCUUUGUCUUCAGGGGACAGUUUGAUGGUCGGAAUGUGGCUGUAAAGCGCCUUCUCCCUGAGUGUUUCCAUCUCGUGGACCGUGAGGUCCAGCUGCUCCGCGAGUCAGAUGAGCACCCUCACGUUGUACGAUAUUUCUGCACUGAGAAGGACAAGCAAUUCCAUUAUAUUGCCAUUGAGCUCUGCUCUGCCACAUUGCAGGAGUAUGUGGAAAGCUCUGGCUUUGAUCGUCGGAACUUGGACCCGGUGUCUCUCCUGCAUCAGACCAUGUCAGGCCUGGUACAUCUGCACUCGCUAAACAUCGUUCAUCGUGACCUGAAACCCUGCAAUAUCCUCAUCUCCGUCCCGAAUAGCCAUGGGCAGAUCCGAGCCGUUAUCUCUGACUUUGGCCUGUGCAAGAAGCUUCAUGGGGGACGACACAGCUUCAGCCUCCACUCUGGGAUUCCUGGCACUGAGGGAUGGAUUGCACCUGAGUUGCUACAGGAGGCCCCAAAGGAAAACCCUACAUGCGCUGUGGACAUCUUCUCAGCCGGAUGCAUCUUCUACUACGUGGUGUCAGGAGGAAAGCAUCCAUUUGGGGACAGCUUACGGCGACAGUCCAACAUACUGUCAGGCACAUACCAGCUGACCUGUCUGCAGGAAGAUGCUCAUGACAAGGUUGUUGCAAGAGAGCUGAUUGCAGCAAUGAUCGGCAGUGAGCCCCAGAAGCGGCCUUCAGCCCCUGUGGUCCUUAUGCACCCCUUUUUCUGGAGUCAAGAGAAGCAGCUACAGUUCUUCCAGGAUGUCAGCGACCGCAUUGAGAAGGAGCCUGCCGAGGGGCCCAUAGUCUCGGCUUUGGAGGCGAGAGGGCGGUCGGUCGUGCGGGUGAACUGGAGAAUGCACAUCUCUCUCCCACUGCAGACUGACUUGAGGAAGUUCCGGACAUACAAGGGCGGUUCAGUGCGCGACCUCCUGAGGGCCAUGAGGAACAAGAAGCAUCACUACCGUGAGCUGCCCAUCGACGUGCAGGAGGCCUUGGGGUCGAUCCCCGACGGCUUCGUUCAGUACUUCACCUCUCGCUUCCCCCAUCUGCUGCUCCACACGCACAGAGCCAUGAGGGUCUGCGCCCACGAGCGGCUCUUCCGUUCCUACUACUGCCAGGAGCCAGGAGACGAUGGGAAAUGAGUGGGGACGCCGCACCGGGGAGAGCGCUCACAGCAAGAGGCUGGUGCAGCCGCUCAGUGCCUGGGCAUCGCAGGAAUCCCUGCAGGAUGGGGUCAGCCAGUGCCUGUCUCUAGUUUAUCCUGUUAAAGCAGAGGCUUUUGGAGCAAGAUAGAGCUUUGGCUGCCUUGCCUGCCACCCCGGCAAGGACAAGAGCCCCUCUCUCCCUGACCUGCCUGUAGCUGUAGACACUGUCUUGCAUCAGCUCAACCCCCAGGGAGUUUUUCUUUGGGGCCUCUGCGUGGCCCCUUGUUGUGGCUCUCAGGGAGCCCAUCUAUCCAUUUUUGGGGAAACAGGAACUGUGGAUCAGGGCAAUGUCUUCUAAAAGAAAACUGCUGCUGUCCAUAAUACUUACAGUACAUUAGUUCUUCCUGUACUGUGCAGACUAUCGGUGUCAGUGCAAUUGCUGGAGCACAGGGCAGACCCAGCGCUUGUCAGUCAUUCAGCAGCUGAGUGCUAUAACUAGUCCUGUGGGCUCUCUGGCUUUGUUCUUCCCUGUGUACUGCAGUAGGCAGCUGAGGAUGACAUGGGGACACAGGACUGGGAGUGAUUGCCCAGUGUGCCAACAGUUAGAGGAAGCACAGUCCAAGACAAGUGAUCAUAGUUUGCAGUUGGGCUGUUUCAUCUUGGUUCUCCUGACCCCAGGAGCAGCCAUUUAGGGCUCUGCCUUGGCAAGCUCUUAUUCAAAUCCAAUAGCCUUAAGGCCCUUGUGUCAGAGAAUAAAAACAACUCUCUGCCAUGGACAUGCUGUUUUGAUACGUCAGGAAAAAAAAAUCUGAGAGUUACAGGACUUCUCUUGAGAAUAGCUGAAAGACUGUUGCAGUUUGAAGUUGGGUUGAUGCCUGGAACCUGCUGGUUGUUCAUCAGAAGACGCUGUGAGCUUCAGUCCUGUGGUUCCCUCCUGUACUAUGCUCCUGUGGAAGUGGCGAUUUGAUUGUGUUUAAUACACAAAUGCUAACUGAAGCACUAUUUUGAUAGUUUUGACACUGGAUGUGGCACUUCAUCCCAGGUGGGAGGCUGAAGCAAAUUGGGUUUGAGGCUUUUAGCAUCCAGCCUUAAGGCUUUGGACUUGCUAUUUGCCUCUUUCCCUGUUUGCAUCAGGCCUGCUAACGGCAAAGUGCAGCCAGCCCUGGAGGCAGGCGCUGAGCCUUCCAAUGCAAUCCCAAAAAAUGAAGUCUUUUUUUUUUAAUCUCAGAUGGGCUGAGAAAAAGGAUUUCACCCUUUUGGUCACCAGCAGCUUAUAGUUAUUUCAGGUCAGGUACCUAUGUGUUAGCCAAGAACCCACUUGGUUUGCACAGCAGAACAGCAGUUCUGCUAUUUGUGAACAGUAUCCUCAGGGCAGGAAGGGAGAGAAACAAGAAGGAAAUCCCAUUCUCCCUCUGAGGAUCCUUUUCCUCUGAACUCAGGUCUGCACCUGCUGUUCCCAAAGCAUGUGCACAGCUGGAACAACAGCAGCAGCACACUUUUCUCUCUGGCAUCACCCUGGAUCUGGCUUCCAGACUCCCUAGGCAACUGUUAGCUGAGUGCUGCCAUGAGAUAGGUUUCCCAUUUUCUGUCAUUCCUUUGGGUUGCAGUCAGCUUGGAUGCUGGGGCUCUGCAGGCCCAUGAUUCACAUGAGCUGGUCCACAAGCAAAGCUCCUGCAGGUAGCCCUAUGCAGCAGCUGGAGCAGAAAAGGGAAAAUGCUUCUACGCAAAGGUGGGACAUAAGGCCAGACAUGCGCUCCAGCUGCUGCUUUACCCUGAAUGCUGCCAGGCUACCACACACCUGAGAGCAGGGUUGUCUUCUGACAGAGGCAGUUGCCAGAGAUGCAAGAACAAGGCAGCCUUAGUCCCCCUGCACCAAGCUACCUCUCAGCUGCUGCCCCUUCGUGAUACUUCUCUCUGCAAUAGCAAUCAUUUUGUACAGUCUUGAUUCUACUUUGUGCUGGGGUGUGGGGUUCUGUUACACUGGUAACAGUCAGUUUGUACAUGUAUUGUCUAGAACACUUUAUACAAAAUAGUGGGAAAAAAAAUAAAAAAUAGAAGUGAUCAUGUC